GGCCGCAGGUGUGACCUUCCCAACAUGGCGGCGGCCGGGCGUGACUGAGGGCGGGCCCUGGAGGCGCCCAGACCAAUGGCAAACCGCGAGAGGCGCGGGGGCGGGGAAGACGACGGCCGCAUGCCCAACCCGGGGCUCGGGAGGUGGCUGAGGAGUGAAUUUUCUGGAAGGCGACUUUAAAGGCGCCAGGCCGGAGCGAAGGGCGUUUUGGUGUCGCCGCCGCCCGGGCCUGGGAGGGGGCGCGUUAGUGGGAGGAAGUCAGCUACGCCGAGGUUGCUGCGGAACCAGCUGGUGACCCGGCGGGAUGAACCACAAGAGUAAGAAGCGGAUCCGCGAGGCCAAGCGGAGUGCGCGGCCGGAGCUCAAAGACUCCCUGGACUGGACGCGGCACAACUAUUACGAGAGCUUCUCGCUGAACCCGGCGGCCGUGGUGGACAACGUGGAACGGGCAGAUGCUUUACAGCUGUCUGUGGAAGAAUUUGUGGAGCGAUAUGAAAGGCCUUACAAACCAGUAGUUCUGCUCAAUGCCCAAGAGGGCUGGUCUGCACAGGAGAAGUGGACUCUGGAACGCCUAAAAAGGAAAUACCGGAACCAGAAGUUCAAGUGUGGUGAGGAUAACGAUGGCUACUCAGUGAAGAUGAAGAUGAAAUACUACAUUGAGUACAUGGAGAGUACUCGAGAUGACAGUCCCCUUUACAUCUUUGAUAGCAGCUAUGGUGAACACCCCAAAAGAAGGAAACUUUUGGAAGACUACAAGGUGCCCAAGUUUUUCACUGAUGACCUUUUCCAAUAUGCAGGGGAGAAACGGAGGCCCCCUUACAGGUGGUUUGUAAUGGGGCCACCACGCUCUGGAACUGGGAUUCACAUCGACCCACUGGGAACCAGCGCCUGGAAUGCUUUAGUUCAGGGCCACAAGCGCUGGUGCCUGUUCCCAACAAGCACUCCCAGGGAGCUCAUUAAGGUGACACGUGAAGAAGGAGGGAACCAGCAGGACGAAGCUAUUACCUGGUUUAACGUGAUUUAUCCCCGGACACAGCUUCCAACGUGGCCACCUGAAUUCAAACCCUUGGAAAUCCUGCAGAAACCAGGAGAGACUGUCUUUGUACCAGGAGGCUGGUGGCAUGUUGUCCUCAAUCUUGACACUACUAUUGCCAUCACGCAGAAUUUUGCCAGCAGCACCAACUUCCCUGUUGUAUGGCACAAGACGGUAAGAGGGAGACCAAAGUUAUCAAGGAAAUGGUAUAGAACAGAUACAGCACGGGCAGCGGCAGUGCAAGCCACCCUCAGCCACCCCGUGCCACUGUGUCCCAACCCUGACCUGGAGGGACCAGCUCUCGGGGUAAGAGAGGGAUUCUGGCUUGUUCAGUGCUCAGCCUCCCUGCUGAGAGGGCCAGCAAGGGUGGUGGCUUCUGUUCUCCCUGAACUCUCUUGGGCAUUUGAGGCCCACUCACCUGGCCCCAUAGGUAUUGUGUGCUGAUUUGGUCACUCCAAAGGCCUCACCAUACCAGGUCUUUGUCACUGGUUAUGACAGAUGCCAGGUUAAGUUCCUGAAGGGGAGGGCUGCUCUUAAAGUCCAGUUCAGUUUUACCUUCCAAGUGAAGGGGGCUGUCUGUUAUUUGACACCUCUUAUUUCUUACAAGCCUGAUUGUUUCUACUCCUAUAGUUAGAAUCUAGCCAAACCCAACUCCAAUUAUGUGCUGGAAAGGAAAGGUUUUUGUUUUUCUUUUUUAAUCAGCUAGGAAAAGGAACUAUUUCUCCCAAGGGAAAAAGACUAAGCCUAACUCAAGGUAACGGUACGGCUGGCUCAUUUGUGCAGGUGUUAGUAAUUGCAUGUAGCUAGUGUGUUGUUUUCUUGUAGCUAGUGUGUUGUUUUCUUUGCAGAAAACACAUGCAGCAUAGUGGGGAUUUUGUAAACCCCUCAGGGUUUACGUGUCCUAACCACUAUAUAGUACCCAUUCUGAAUUGAUACACCUGGUAUUUCUAGGUGUUUCUAAGAGAUACAGGUCUCAACUUUUGUGUGUGAAUCCUCGUGUGUGGGUCUGGCUGCCUGUUACCUAACUAAGAGUAUUUUUUGCCUCCCAGGAUCUUGAAGCAAGAGCACCCUGAGUUGGCAGUUCUGGCAGACUCAGUUGACCUUCAGGAGU